UCUCGCACAAUCUGUAUUUUGGAUACUAAAGUAUCUUGCACAAUCUGUAUUUUAAAUACUCUAGUAUCUCGCACAAUCUGUAUUUCAAAUGCUAUGGUAUCUCACACAAUCUGUAUUUUGAAUACUAUAGAAUCCCGCACAAUCUGUAUUUUGGAUACUAAAGUAUCUUGCACAAUCUGUAUUUUAAAUACUAUGGUAUCUGACACAAUCUGUAUUUUGGAUACUAAAGUAUCUCGCACAAUCUGUAUUUUAAAUACUAUGGUAUCUCACACAAUCUGUAUUUUGGAUACUAAAGUAUCUCGCACAAUCUGUAUUUUGAAUACUAUAGAAUCUCGCACAAUCUGUAUUUUGGAUAAUAAAGUAUCUCGCACAAUCUGUAUUUUAAAUACUAUGGUAUCUCACACAAUCUGUAUUUUGGAUACUAAAGUAUCUCGCACAAUCUGUAUUUCAAAUGCUAUGGUAUCUCACACAAUCUGUAUUUUGAAUACUAUAGAAUCUCGCACAAUCUGUAUUUGGAAUACUCUAGUAUUUCACACAAUCUGUAUUUGGAAUACUAAAGUUUCUCGCACAAUCUGUAUUUGGAAUACUCUAGUACUUCACACAGUCUGUAUUUUGAAUACUCUAUAA